CCCUCUUAACGACCAAAACCCUCCAUCCUCGACUUCAUUUCCUCUCAACGAACUAAUCACACGCGCACACACGCUCUCUUCUCUGCUAUGAUCGCACUGAGCCACCUCGGCAGCGUCUCCACCGCCGCUGUAACGGCGGUUCCCGCUCUCUAUCAACUUCUUCGUGUCUCUAUGAGCCGGUUAUACAGCACUUUGGUCGCAGCGCAGCCGCAGCGGAACCCGGAUUACUAUCUCUACGAUGAGGAUAGCACGUCUUCUGGUUGUCGGCUUGAACUGACUCCAAUGGCUGAAACGGAAGGCUCGGUGCCGGAUAGAGGAGUUCAGUGGGCUUUUAUUGGGAGUCCACGCGCCAACAGGCACGUCUAUGCCGAGAUGCUUUCAGAGCUUCUACAGGUUCCUCACAUUUCUAUGGCAAGUCUUGUACGUCAAGAACUUAGUCCCCGUUCUUCUGUUUAUAAACAGAUAGCCAACGCGCUAAAUCAUGGAGAACUUGUACCAGAGCAUAUAAUUUUUGCAUUGUUGUCAGAAAGGUUAAAAGAUGGGUACUACAGAGGCGAGUCUGGGUUUAUUCUGGAUGGAAUUCCUCGUACACAGAUCCAAGCUGAAAUUCUUGACCAGUUUGCUGACAUUGAUCUGGUUGUGAAUUUUAAAUGCACAGAAGACUUUUUGAUGAAAAACUAUGGAGAAAAUUUCUGGAAGGAAAAGCUUCAAGCCUAUUCUAAACAGAGUAAGGCAGUUGAAGAGUAUUACAGGAAACAAAGAAAACUUAUUGACUUUCAAGUUAGCAGUGCACCUAAGGAAACAUGGCAAGGCCUCUUGACCGCAUUACGAUUACGAUAUGUAGAUGCUGCCUGUGAUUCACAAACUUGACCCCGGGAUCUAGUUUACCAUGAACUUCCUAUUCUGGAAGGUGUAUUCAUGAAUUGAUUGCUGUAUAUACAAGUACCAUAGACCUGUAAAUUGCUGUAAAUAAUGUGUUGAGAAUUGAAUUGUCAGUUUGACAGAGUUCCCCUAUUUCCCUGUUUUAAAAGUGUAAUGGAAACAUGGUUAAAAUGCAUAGAGAAAAGAUUUCUCUUUC